CAUGUGCGUUAGUAGCUAAGGAGCUUCUUCAGUUGUGUAGUUUAUUUUCCUUGUAUGUGUCUCCGUCUGUAGUCAGGUUUGGUAUCAGAGCAAUGAAGUGCUAAUGGCGUGUUGCGCUGAUUUACGCUGACUUCUUAAAUGCAGACAGUUAACCUCCUGCUCCGAGCAGCUAACAAGCUAACCCUAGCAGCUAGUUGACAGAGCAACACCAGCAGCUUGAGUCAUAGGUAGAUUUCAUAGAUGGCCGAUAAAAGUGUGAACGGUGAAGGUCCGGAGCAACAGGAGAAAGAUAACGAGAGCAGCCAGAAAACGGUCAGUAGUAAUGGAGAAUCUGCGGCAGAAAGUCUGUCCAAGAGGCAAAGAAAGAAGCUCCUGAAGCAGCAGAAGUGGGAGGAAGAACGGGACCUGCGGAAGCAAAGAAGAAAGGAGAGGAAGCAGCAGCGUCGACUGCAGAGGCAGAGUCAUCAGGAGGAGGAUGGAGAAGACGCCUAUAGUGCAAAAAAACGUCUACGCAGAGAGGUGACGCCCAGCUCUGUCAGGCUGGUAGUGGACUGUAGCUUCGACAACCUAAUGCUGUUCAAGGACGUCUCCAAGCUUCACAAACAGAUCCAGCGGUGCUAUGCUGAAAACAGACGGGCCUUACAUCCAGUGCAGUUUUAUCUCACAAGCCUGGGCGGGCAGCUGAAACAGAGCAUGGAUGAGAAGGACAAAGGAUGGGUAAACUGGAAGGACAUCACAAUUAAAACAGAACACUACGGUGAAGUUAUUGCCAAGGACGAUUUGGUGUACCUGACUUCAGACUCUCCAAAUGUCCUGGAGGAGAUGGAUGAAACAAAAGCCUAUGUGAUCGGAGGCCUCGUAGACCACAACCAUCACAAGGGGAUCACAUUUGAGAGGGCAAAGGAGCUCGGGAUCAGUCACGCUCAGCUUCCUCUGAGCAGCUUUGUCAAAAUGAACAGUCGGAAGGUCCUUGCAGUGAACCACGUGUUUGAGAUCAUCCUAGCGUACCUGGAGAAGGGCAGCUGGCAGGAGGCCUUCUGCACCAUCCUUCCUCAGAGGAAAGGAGCCGUGGCCGUGGACCAGGACGGAACCACCGUUCAAGAGAAACAGGACUCUGAGUCUGACAGUGACACACCAGAGCAAUCUGAGGAAAAGGCCUAACUCUUGAUUCAAAUGGACAAUGUUUGAAUAGUUUUUGGCUGAAGAUGCAUUUAAAUAGCAAAGAUUUUGUUCUUGAAAUCUUGGUCAGAAUUUUUUUUUAUUUAAUAGAUAUUUAAAGUUUUACUUUGGUUUUACUAAGUAGGACUGCUGAUACAAAAGGAUAAUUUAAGUUUUUCAGAGUUUGGCAGAACGUUAAGUUGCUAUUACUUUAAAGAACAUGGAUUUAGUUGUAUUUGCAUUUUGGUGAAACUGUCACAUCUGUGCCAAAUAGAAUCAUUGAACAGUAUAAGACUGAAAUAAAUUUUUAUUUUUUUGUG